AUGCCGCCGGAAAGGAGGAAGGCUACUGCCUGCAAAAACGCCUCCAACACAAGGAGAAGGAUAUCAUCCUCCUCAUCCUCGCCCUCACCUGAACGGCAAAGAACGCCCACUCCACCAGCAUCCCCUGCCAGAGAACCCACCCCACCGCCACCUCCACAACCACCAAGGGCGCUGCAAGAACAAGCCCUUAAUGCCAUCACAGAUGAAUGGGAGCCCAGGGGAAUCGGUGAAGAUGGCGCAGCUUUUGCCUACAUCAAGCGCCAUGGCUGGGAGACCUUCUCCAAACCACCGGUCAAGCCGAGGAUCCAGAUUGUGCAAGAAUUUUACGUCAACUUCCACACUGCCCCCAGAGAUGGAGUAUUCGUCAGAGGCAUCAGCGUUAAUUGCAGCACAGAGGCCAUCAAGGCCAUCUGGAAAUUACCAAGAAUAAGCACUGAUUACAGAGAAACCCUGGCUGCCCAGCAUCCAAAUCAACCACUGGAACAGGCCAUUCUGUCCAGAUUGGCAAAAGAGGGCACCAGCUGGGAGAUGGAUGAUCAAGAAAACCCUUUGGGGUUUUCAGCAAACGCGUUGCAAAUGCCUGACUUAAAUCUGUGGCACCAUUUCAUCUAUUCCAAUCUGAUGCCAACAUCCUACACUACUAAGGUCACCUACGAGAUGGCUCUGCUGCUGUAUGACAUUGCCACAGACACACCAUUUGAUGCAGCCUCAGUCAUCCGGGAGCAACUCACCCGAUGCAUCACUGAUCCAAAGGUGAAGAGCUGGUAUUUCCCAGUUAUGGUCACCAUGCUAUGCAAAAGGGCAGGGGUGACCUUCCUGCACACAGACGCAGAGAGCAACUUGCAGCAACCAUUAAGGAUGCAUAAGUUGGAUCAGAAACCCCCUGGUGCCUCAUCCACAGGACAAACAACAUCUACUCCCACUCCAACUGGACAGAUGAGGCAGAGGGAUUUCAACAAGCAGACCAGUUCAUCACGGAUUACGUCCACCAAUGCCGACGAGGACGGAGAAAUUUCUGCAGAAAUACACAAGUGCAUUGGAUGCCACAAAACGCCCAAUGCCGCAUGA